AUGCGGGCUCCUUGUCACCUGCCGUCUGCCUGUGGCUCGCUCCUUCCCCUCCUCCUGUCGACCCCGCUUCCAUGUCCCUGGUGGUCACAGCAGCCCAGAACCUCCACGCCCAUGGCUGCUAGCCGGAAGGAGUCUUCUUUCACCUCCUGUUCUUCCGCCUCGAGCUGCGACGCAGACGACGAGGGCGUGCGCGGCACCUGCGAAGAUGCUUCUCUGUGCAAGAGGUUUGCAGUAAGCAUUGGCUACUGGCAUGACCCUUACAUCGAGCACUUUGUGAGACUGUCGAAAGAGAGGAAGGCCCCUGAAAUUAACAGAGGAUAUUUUGCUCGAGUCCAUGGUGUCAGUCAGCUUACAAAGGCGUUUCUACAAAAGACAGAAUGUCAUUGUCAAAUUCUCAACCUUGGAGCUGGGAUGGAUACCACCUUCUGGAAAUUGAAGGAUGAAGAUCUUCUCCCAAGUAAAUAUUUUGAAAUUGACUUUCCAAUGAUAGUCACGCGAAAGCUGCACAAUAUCAAAAACAAGCCUCUCCUGUCAAACCCCAUUAUAGAAUUACAUUCAGAGGACACACUUCAUAUGGAUGGGCACGUAUUGAAUUCCAAGAGAUAUGCUAUUAUUGGAGCAGAUCUCCGAGACCUAUCUGAGCUGGAAGAGAAACUAAAGAAAUGUAACAUGAAUACACAAUUGCCAACACUCCUGAUAACUGAAUGUGUCCUGGUUUACAUGACUCCAGAGCAGUCUGCAAGCCUCCUAAAGUGGGCAGCCAACAGUUUUGAGACAGCCAUGAUCAUAAACUAUGAACAGGUGAACAUGGAUGAUCGGUUUGGGCAGAUUAUGAUUGAAAACCUGCGGAGACGACAGUGUGACCUGGCAGGAGUGGAAACCUGCAAGUCACUGGAGUCACAGAAAGAACGGCUCCUGGCAAGUGGGUGGGAGACGGCAUCAGCAGUCAACAUGAUGGAAUUGUACAGCAGAUUACCACGAGCAGAAGUGAACAGGAUAGAGUCACUUGAAUUCCUGGAUGAGAUGGAACUUCUUGAGCAGCUCAUGAAGCACUACUGCCUGUGCUGGGCCACUAAAGGAGGAAGGGGCCUGGGUCUGAAGGAGAUAAGUUACUAAUCUGUGGAAAGCUCAUGCUCAUGCUGAACCAGAACUGAAGCGGCUAGCCUUCCCAGAGAAGAUGUGCUGAGCUUCCUGAGGGAUGGGUUGGCCUCAUCUACCAGUCUCACUCCACACUCUGAGAAACCGAAGGUUACUAAAGUUGUCAUACCAGUUCCUAUUGACUUAUUGUUGUUGAAAUAAAUCUGAGUUGCCAAUUGCA